GCCUGUGUCAUGGCUGAUCCCCCUGUACCGCCGACGGAUAUAUCUUCUGUGCAGCCCGCGGGUGGUGCUUCUGUACGAGUUAUCGUCCUGAUCAACCUCGUCGAUUCGUAGAGUUUCGACACUCCGACUUGGAAGUCUUCGGCUUCCGUACAUUCGUUCCCCAUACUUUCGCUAUAUCGCGACUAAUAUGCGUUCCUCAAUCCUAAUUGGCCUUGCGGCUGGCUUUGCCAGCCAGGCCUAUGCUGCAUGCAGCUCCGCUUUGAAGAUCGAUGACUUCUCCAAAUACUCCACCAACACCAACAGUCUGAACUCGUGGACUAGCGACGAUGGUUCCAUGACAUCAAUUUCCGCCGCCAGCGGUGUACUUUCGUUCAAACCCAAGUCCGGCUCGUACUUCUACGAGACGUUCGAGUGCCAGGCCGCUACUAGCAACAACUACAACUCCAUUCAGUUCACCAUUAAAGGCGUUUCUGGGGGUUCUGGUACCUUGGAGAUCCAGACUAAGUCGGCCUGCUCGGCCUCUGCAUACACCUCGUACUAUACAUCGUUCACCGGCUUGACUGGUAACUCUCAGACCGUCACCAUCCCUCUGAGCCAGUUCGCAGGUGCCAACGGUAAUGCAAUCACCGGCUUUGUCUGGUCCGGAUUCUCUUCGACCACUGCCACUUGGCAGUUGAGCAACAUCCAGCUCGGCUGCGGCGGCGCCACUGGGGGUUCCGGUUCCACCACUGCUGUCAGCUCUACCGUCCGUCCCAGUACUGCUUCCACUGUUUCGGCCAGCCGCACCACCCUUGCGACCUCCGCUGCUCCCACCGGAACCUGCGCUGCAACCCUCAUCGAUGACUGGACAUCGCAGUCACGUCUCACCUUCAUGUUCUACAAUGCUAUGAACUUGGCCUCUUCCUCUGAUGGCACCAUGACUUCCCUCACCGUUGGCAAGCCCUCCAAGAACCGCGUCGAGAUCGUUUCCAAGGAUACCAGCUCGUACUUCUACUCCCAAUUUGGCUGCUUCAACGCCAAGUCCAAGGGCCACACUGGCAUCUCCCUCCGCAUCAAGGCACCUGCAGGAACCACACUUUCCAUCGAACUUGACUCCUCGAGCAGCUGCGACCCGACCGCUGCGCAGGCUUUUACACAAACGUCGACUGAGCUUGGUUGGACCUUUGACGGCACAGAGAAGUUGUACACCAUUCCGUUCGCCAAGUACAAUGGACUCGACACCACAAAGCUUACCACCAUCCUUUUCUCUGCCAUCACCAAGACUGUUUCUUUCGGUCCCAUGGCUUUCUACUGCGGUAACACUGGCGAGUACAUCGUCACCACCACCGAGCCUAACUCCGCCCCUACUGCUACCGUCGCUGCUCCCUCUGGCACUGCCGCUGCGUAUGUCAUUGACAGGUUCGCGAGUGCUGCCAGCAAUGCGCAGGGUUUCUGGCACGGAGGUGAUGAUGGCAUGACCUUGACUUACAGUGGCGGACUGACAAUCAAGUCUACUGACGCUGACUACUCUUUCUACACUCAGGUCUCUGGAUCCUGCAGCGACUUCAGCAAAUACAAGGGCUCUUACCUCCACAUUGCGUACACUGGUAGCACCAAGUUCACGGUCGCCUUCCAGCAGCACAACAGUGCGUGCAACUCCGAGAUCGCCCCGUACCCCGCCACCUGGGACUCCGUCGAGGCCUCGCGUUAUGCUAAGAACGGUCACAUUUACAUCCCCAUCAGCCACUUCAACAUCGAUCUGACGAAGGCGAUCGGAUUUGCGCUCAAGGGUUUCUACAGCCAGGACACCGUCAAACUGACUGUUAUGGAGAUCGUUCCUUCCGUUCCUGCUGGCACCACCAUUCCCAACGAUGAGGAGUCUGGCGACCUUGUCUUUGCUUGCAAGCGCCCCAACUCUUUUGCUUUCGCUAUCGACGAUGGUAUCCCAGAUCUCGCUCAAGAAGUCCUCAAGAUCAUCCGCGAGGAGAACAUCAAAGUCACCUUCUUCACAGUUGGCGCUCCCCUUCUCGACCAGACCACGAACCUGACAAACGUCUACAAGGAGAUGCAGGCAGCUGGCCACCAGCUCGCGCUUCACUCCUUCACCCACCCAAAGAUGGAGGGUCUUCCUGAUUACGGCUCCAUCGACUGGGAGUACAACGAGGACAUCAAGGCUAUGAAGAGCCAGUUCAACCUUGACACCUCCUACUUCCGCCCUCCCUUCGGCAACGAGGGUGCUCGUAUGCGUUCGCGUCUCGCAAAGGCUGUCGGCCGCAAGCCUACUAUCACCAACUGGUCCGUCGAUGUUGAGGACUGGUUGUGGGCUGAGACCGAUACCCCUGAGCAGCAGAUGACCGCUUUCCAGCGUGACGUCAACAAGGGCGGCAACUUGGUCGUUCUCCAUUACCUCUACCCCUCGACUGUUAGCUAUCUGAGGCAGUUUAUUCAGAUCGCUAAGGCUACUGGCAAGCAGCUGAUGCGUGUCGACCAGUGCAUGAUGGACCCCAACGCUCCUCCUCUAUAAAUUAGCCAACUGAAUUGUUCUGGCUGUUGGAGAUGAGAAAGGUGUGGUGGUGAGAAGGCAUUCCAAGAAAUCUUUGUUAGCGAGAAUAGUUGCUAGGAUUUCUUAAUCAUAAUGUGUGUCAAUGAACAAGCUACUCAACGAACGUCCUCAACUACCAUUGACUAGGGUGA